AUGGGCUGCCACACCCGCCUACUUUGGCUGCUGCUCUUCCAUGGUGUGAUUCUCCCUGAAGCAGCUUGCUACAGGAGGGACAUUGGAGGAUCCAGAGCGAAGCUGGGGAAGGGAAGGCCUAAGAGAAGCCCCAUUCAAGGCAUGUCUGAGGAACAGCAGGAAGGGAAUGACCAGGAGCUGGUGGAGAGGCCCCAAGGUGAUGGAAAUCCUGCAACCAUAUUGUCAGUUCUGCCUGCUGCCAUCUCAGCUCAGCCAUCUUCUAAACUUGUCUCAAGUUCCACUGCAUCAGUUCUACCUGUGGUUGACUCUGCACCUGCUAGUCGAAGAGCAUAUGUGCCCAGGCUCAGCCUCCAAGGUGCAGACAGUUCACCAGACUCCACUCCAGUUCAAGACGCCGAGUCACACAAACCAUCAGGAGGCUGGAUCCCCGUGCGGCUGGCAGGCAACCAUGGGAGAUGUGCAGGCCGUGUAGAACUCUUCUUCCAGGGAGUCUGGGGGACUGUGUGUGAUGACCUCUGGGACCUCCCAGAAGCAAACAUCAUCUGCAGGCAGCUGGGGUGUGGCUGGGCUGUUUCAGCCCUGAGUGAAGCUUACUUUGGGGAAGGUUCUGGGAAGAUUCUCCUUGACAACGUGCAUUGCAAGGGACAUGAGAAACAUCUGGAGGAGUGCUCCCACAUUGGCUGGUUCUCCCACAACUGUGAUCACAGUGAAGAUGCUGGUGUCAUCUGUUCAGAUGCUGAAUAUGGAACUUUUUUAUUGUCAUACCCGUUUCUUCUUUUAGAAAGAUCUCGCUGUGGUGGUGUUAUUACCAAGGCACCUGGAAAAAUUAAGAACCCCCCAAUGAAUGAAAUGCAGGACAACAUAACCUGUGUGUGGGAAAUCAGAGCAAACCCCUCUGAUCGCGUAAGGCUGGCAUUCCCAUCUCUUGACCUUGACUGCACCAAUGAGUAUUUUGAAAUCCUGGAUGGCCCUCCAACCUCCACAGAGUCCCUGGGGAAACCCUGCAGUGGGUUGCAUAUCACCUUUGCAUCCCACUCCAGCUCCAUGACCCUUGUGUACUUCCGAGGCAUGAACAACAUUGGAAAAAACUUCAUGGCUUAUUAUUAUUUUGAGGCCAAAGAGAUGACAUCGAAGGCCCCAUAUCUGAUCAGUGAGUCAACUCUCAUUACUUCAUCAUCAUUUUUAGGCAGGAUCUUACUAUCCAUCCCCACAGCAACUUCCAAGAUGGUAACAGAGAGACCAAAGCUCUCAAGUCCUGCACAGCCUACAGAUAUUUCCAGUGGGAGCCUCUCACUUCCUCCCAAGCCUGACCCAGGGGACUGGCCAGAGCUGCGGCUGGUGGGUGGCUCCAAUCGAUGCUCAGGGCGUGUGGAGAUCCUUCACCAGGGAGUCUGGGGCACUGUGUGUGAUGACCUGUGGGACCUGAAUGAAGCUGAGGUCGUAUGCAGACAGCUGGGGUGUGGUCAGGGUGUGUCUGCCCUUGGCAAGGCCUACUUUGGCCCUGGUACGGGAGAUAUCUUCCUAGACAAUUUCCAGUGUGCUGGGGUGGAGCACUUCCUGGGCCAGUGUGCCCAUUCGGGCUGGUCGGACCACAACUGUGACCACCACGAGGAUGCUGGUGUCAUCUGCUCAGAUGCUGAAAAACCUCUGUUGGACAUUCCAGGAGACUGGCCAGAGAUUCGCCUGGUGGGUGGCUCCAGCCGGUGCUCAGGACGAGUGGAGAUUCUUCACCAGGGAGUCUGGGGCACGGUGUGUGAUGACUUGUGGGGCUCAAAUGAAGCUGAGGUUGUGUGCCGCCAGCUAGAGUGUGGUCAGGCUAUUUCUAGUCUUGGUGAGGCCUACUUUGGCCCGGGCUCUGGAGACAUCUUCCUGGACAACCUUCAGUGUUCUGGGAUGGAGCAUUACCUUGGCCAGUGUCCACAUUCAGGAUGGUCGGAACACAACUGUGGCCACCAUGAGGAUGCUGGUGUUAUUUGCUCAGAUUCAGAUGCCCCCCCUCCACCCAUGCCUCCAGGUCCUCCUCCAUCUUCUCAGGAUCCACUAACAGGAGGAAGUAACUCUUGUGGAGGGGUCAUUUCCAGUCUCUCUGGUUCAUUUUCCAGUCCACGGUACCCAGAAAACUAUCCAACAGACAUCCAAUGUGUUUGGGAAAUCCAUGUAGAGAAAAACUUCCGCAUAGAACUCAUGAUUCCAAAUUUGAACCUGGAAGAUAUCCUUGGAUGUCCCUAUGACUCAAUUGAGAUCUUUGAUGGACCCAGAAUUGCAUCACUCUCCAUGGGGAAGUUCUGUGCCCCAUCAGCUGUGGUAUUUUUUUCCUCCUCAGACAUCUUGACAGUGGUGUUCCGAAGUGAUUAUAUGACAACAAAUACCGGUUUUUAUGCUUUUUUCAAUGCAAUUUCACAAGAUGGAAGGGAGUCAGAAGACAGACUAGUGCUGCGGCUGUCAGGCAGCUCUGGACAGUGCUCAGGACGUGUUGAGGUCCUUCAUCAGGGGGCCUGGGGCACGGUGUGUGACGACUUGUGGGACAUGAAUGAAGCUGAGGUCGUGUGCAGACAGCUGGGGUGCGGCCAUGCCGUUGCUGCUCCUGGAAGUGCCUACUUUGGCCCAGGCUCUGGAAACAUCCUCCUGGAUGACAUUCAGUGUUCAGGAAAGGAGAACCACUUUGGCCAGUGUCCCAGCUCUGCCUGGUUAGACCACAACUGUGGCCACCAUGAGGAUGCAGGAGUUAUAUGCUCAGAUGCAGAGGCAACUCCUUCACCCCCAGAAGGAAGUAGCUCUUGUGGAGGAGUAAUUUCAAGUCUCUCUGGGUCCUUCUCCAGUCCCUGGUACCCUACAAACUACCCCACUGACAUGGAAUGCAUCUGGGAGAUACAUGUAGCUGAGAAGUUCAACAUAGAGCUGACAAUCCCAAGCCUGAAGCUAGAAGACAUCUAUGGGUGCCCUUAUGACUUUGUUGAAGUGUUCGAUGGAAAGCAAGUUGCCUCACUGUCCAUGGGCAAAGUUUGUGCUGGAGCAGAACUCACAUUUCUCUCCUCUUCAAAUUCCAUGACAGUGGUGUUUAAAAGUGAUGCCAUGAUCACCAACACAGGGUUCUAUGCUCUGUACAACACUGUUCACCAAGAUGAAAGGCAGAAUGGUAUGGCCUUGAGACUGGUGAAUGGCAGCCACAGGUGUGAAGGCCGAGUAGAGAUCUCUUACAAUGGUACCUGGGGCACAGUGUGUGAUGACAGCUGGGACCUAACAGAUGCCAAGGUGGUAUGCCAGCAGCUUGGCUGUGGUAAGGCCCUGUCAGCCCCAGCUGAGAGCUACUUUGAUGGAGGCAUGGGCCAUAUCAUGCUGGAUGAUGUGCAGUGCAUGGGGGAGGAAGCCAAGGUGUGGCAAUGCACGCACCACGGAUGGUUCUCUCACAACUGUGGGCACCAUGAGGAUGCCAGCGUGGUCUGCUCAGGUAUUGAUGACACACCAAGUAAAGGACCAGCAGAUGAAAUUUUCCAGUGUGGUGGUUUGCUCACAAACAGUUCAGGCUCCUUCUCCAGCCCUUGGUAUCCUAAAAAAUAUCCCACCAAUGUGGUAUGUACCUGGGAAAUACAAGUGGAUACCAGUGCUCACAUCAGACUCACCUUUGAAGUAGUCAAGAUAGAAAACUUCUACGGCUGCCCUUACGACUUCAUCGAGAUUUUUGAUGGCCCACAGAGUGAAUCAUUUUCACUAGGAAGAUUCUGCUCAGAAGCAAUCCCAGUAUUUACCUCUUCUUCGAGCCACAUGAGCGUGGUGUUCCACAGUGAUGACAUUGUCACCAACAUGGGAUUCUAUGCAUCUUAUGAGUCUCUGUUGCAAGAUGAGAAAGACACAGAUAUGGCACUCAGACUAGCCAAUGGCAGCCACCCAUGUGAGGGCCGUGUGGAGCUUUACUACAAUGGCAGCUGGGGCACAGUGUGUGAUGACAGCUGGGACCUGAGAGACGCACAGGUGGUGUGCCGGCAGCUGGGCUGUGGUGGAGCUGUGGCAGCCAUUGGCCGAGCACAUUUUGAGCGAGGGCUAGGCCCCAUUGUCCUGGAUGAUGUGGAGUGCAUGGGAACGGAGGCUAGACUGUGGCAAUGUCUGCACGGUGGCUGGUUUGCCCACAACUGUGGCCACCAUGAGGAUGCUAGUGUCAUCUGCUCAGCCUCUCUGUCUCAUCCAGCACCGUCGCUUCCUGUGAGUGAUAUGAUUUCAGGUAAUGUCAUAAAGCAGCCAGAAAUGUCCACAUCAACAGGUCUGGAUCUGCGGCUGGUGAAUGGAACAAACAGGUGUGAAGGGCGAGUUGAAGUGUACUAUGCCAACACCUGGGGGACCGUGUGUGAUGACAACUGGUCUAUAGAAGAUGCCCACGUGGUCUGCAGACAGCUUGGCUGUGGUCCAGCUUUAUCUGCCUUGCCAGGCACCAGCUUUAGCCCUGGGUCAGGCAGCAUCAUCCUUGAUGAUGUCAACUGCACAGGAAGGGAGUCUUCCUUGACACAAUGCCUUCAUAGCAACUGGCUCACCCACAACUGUGGGCAUCAGGAAGAUGCUGGUGUCAUCUGUGCAGAUUCUGCAGCUGCCGGACAUCCAGCCACUUCAGCUCCUGAGGAACAUCCACAUGGUUUCCGUCCAAUAGAUCUGCAGCUGGUGAGACUGGUCAAUGGGAGAAGUCAGUGUGAGGGCCGUGUAGAAGUAUUCUUCAACGGGACCUGGGGGUCUGUGUGUGAUGAUCUUUGGGGCAUACAGGCUGCCCAAGUGGUAUGUCGACAACUCGGCUGUGGGGCGGCCCUGGCAGCCCCCAGGAGCAGCCUGUUUGGCGAUGGCUCUGGUCCCAUCUUCCUAGACGACGUGAGGUGUUUGGGCACAGAGACCAACCUAGGAUACUGCUUCCAUCUUGGCCUGUCUGUGCACAACUGUGACCACCAUGAGGAUGCAGGAGCCAUCUGUUCAGCUGUUGGUGUUGCCUCGGCUUUGGCAGAAGUGGCCCCCACAGGUGACCAUCUCAUGAUCAGAUUGGUGGAUGGAAAGAACCGGUGUGAAGGGAGAGUGGAAGUCCACCACAAUGGCACAUGGGGCACUGUUUGUGAUGACCUUUGGGCAAUUGAGGACGCCCAUGUGGUAUGCCGGCAGCUGGACUGUGGGGAGGGUGUCAGAGCCCUUGGGAGUAGCCACUUUGGAGAGGGCAUGGGGAGCAUCUUCCUGGACGAUGUGCAGUGCCAAGGCAGUGAAACCUCACUAGGCCAGUGCCAGCACCAAGGCUUCUCUGUCCACAACUGUGGCCACCAUGAAGACGCCAGUGUCAUCUGCUCAGCAUCAGCCAUAGAAAUAACAACUUCGCCUGGUAAGAUUUCUUUCUUUACUGUUUUCUCUAAGUCUGUACCUCUCUCACAGCCUGCUAAUAUGUUGUUGCUUGUAUCCGGCAUCCCUCCCACUUCAGUAACUCCUUCCCCUGAUAAUGGUCUCUGCCCACCACACUGCACAGACAGGUCUUUAACCUCAGCAGAAUAGGAGGCUUCUUCUGACAGAUCUUCAACCUCAACAGAAUCAAGCCCUUCAAAUGAUGCAUCUCCAGCCUCAGCAGAAGAGGAGACACCCUCUGAUGCAUCUUCAUCCUCAGAAGAAGUGGAAACAUCCUCAGAUGUAUCUUCAUCAGCGGGAGUGGCCUCCUCUGGUACUUCUUCAACCUCUGCAGAAACAAGCUCUUCCAAUGAUGCAUCUUCAGCUUCCACAGAAGAUACCUCCUCUGAUAUAACUUCAACCUCAGUGGAAAUGGAGAGUGGAGAGUCAACAGAUGCAUCUUCAGCCUCAGCAAAAGACACCUCCUCUGAUGCAUCUUCUGUCUCUGCAGAAGACACCUCCUCUGUUAUGUUUUCUGCCUCCUCAGCAGAAUCAGGCUCUCCAACUGGCAUUUCGUCAACCUCAGCUGAAUCAAGCUCUCUGAAUGAUGCAUCUUCAGUCUCUGCCAAAGACACCUCCUCUGAUUCAUCUUCAGCCUCAACAGAAGAAACCUCUUCUGAUACUUCUUCAGCCUCAGCAGAAUCAGGCUCUCCAACUGAUAAGUCUCCGACCUCUGCAGAAGAAAAAAGUGGAGAGCUAAGUGAUGCAUCUUCAUCCUCUGCAGAAGAGACAUCCUCUGAUGUGUCUUCAACCUCAGCAGAAUCAAGUUCUACAACUGAUACAUCUUCAUCCUCAGCAGGAGAGACGAGCUCCUCUGAUACUUCUUCAAGCUCAGCAGAAGCAAGUUCUCCAAAUGAUUCUUCUUCAACCUCAGCACAACUGACCUCUCCAAGUGCCACAGUUCCAACUUUGACAAAAGUGACUCUACCACCUGACUUGCCUCUGCGCCUGGUAGGCGGGCGAAACCGCUGUGAGGGCCGCCUGGAGAUGCGGCACCAGGGAGUGUGGGGCACCGUAUGCGAUGACCGCUGGAACAUCAAGAAUGCCCGAGUUGUGUGCCGCCUCCUGGGCUGUGGCCACGCGCUGGGCGCUCCCGGCAGAAGCCACUUUGGGGCAGGCACAGGCCCCAUCCUGAUGAAUGAAGUGCGCUGCUCAGGCAAGGAGGACUCUCUGGAGAGCUGUGCCCACGCUGGCUGGAUAAGACACAACUGCCACCACUAUGAGGAUGCCAGUGUGGUGUGCGCAGGUCCAGCUGACUCUCUUGUGCCCAAGGAUAAUGCUCAGCUGUCCUGUUUGCCUCACCUCUUCCAAGCCGUCAUUGACCGAGGCUAUCUCCGGAGAUUAGGCUACUCCUCCUGGGACAUCCAUUUAAAUGAUAAGAUGUGUCGCCCCCAAGUCACCGGGCGUUACCUCGUCUUCAAUAUUCCUUAUGGCCACUGUGGCACCGUUAGGCAGGAGCAGAAAGGCUCUCUCAGCUACUCCAAUUCCAUCAGAGGCAGAGCACAAGGCCACCCUGGCCGAGUCAUUGUGAGGCACAAGGUGCCCCAGGUGAAGUUCACCUGCAAAGUGGAUGGCCAAUCUGCAGUUGAGAUUGUGCACGGGAGUGACACUCAGAAGGACGACGUCAGCUAUGAUGUAUCGAUUUCAUUCCUCCAAUCACCCGAAUCUCAGAAUAUGGGGGUUGGAGCUCCUUCUUAUACCCAUCAGAGGGAAGAGGUCUUCCUCCAGGCCACCCUCCACAGCCACAAUCCCAAUCUGAGGCUCAUCGUGGAUACCUGUGUGGCUUCUCCUGACCCCAGUGAUUUCACAACAGUCAAGCAUGAUUUGAUCCAGGAAGGGUGCAUCAAAGACAAUUCUUACUCCAACCUCCAUAGCCCUGGGAAGAAUGUGGCCCAAUUCAAGUUCAACGCCUUCAGCUUCCUCAAAAACUACGAUGUGGUUUAUCUACAGUGUAAGGUUGCUGUUUGCCGACUCGGGGACUACUCUUCCAGAUGCUCACAAAGUUGUGCAAGGCGAGGAAGGAGAGGCACAGGCUCUGCAGAGGUCAGGGAAGAGCAAACUGAGUAUUUACAAAUAGUGGGGCCACUGAAGAUCCACAAAGCAGAUAAUCAAAGCAAGACCCUGGUGUGAUCUC